CGAUGCACAUGAUAUCAAAUCCUCAGGGAAUGACAGGGAAAGCACAGUAAUACCACUUCUCUUCAACUCCUGCAAGCUCGAGCCCGCCUUGUCUGUUGUGUGUGUCGUUGCAUGCGUGUAUAAAGGGGGCUCGGCACCCUCUCGUCUCCUGUGUUGCGAACAUGCAACUGCCUACAUGUACAGCACGGCCUCCAAAGGUUUCAAAAAGGCUAUCGAAUUUGCACUCUGGUAUUCUUCUUCAAUCAUGGAAGGCUUUGUAAAAUACGUUCAGUGGUCUGCCUCGGCGUUCGUUCUGCUAUUCGUCGUCAACAUCAUCCGCCAACUCCUGCCCCGAAGCAAAUCUGAACCCCCAGCCGUUUUCCACUGGAUUCCAUUCAUUGGCAAUGCAAUUGAGUAUGGAAUGGCGCCUUACAGCUUCUUCACCAAGAACCGUGAGAAGUUUGGCGACGUUUUCACCUUUAAAAUGCUCGGAAAAAACAUCACCUGCUAUUUUGGCAUCGACGGAAACGAGUUCAUCCUCAACGCCAAACACUCCGACCUCAGCGCCGAAGAGAUCUACAGCCCCCUGACGACCCCGGUCUUUGGAUCCGAUGUCGUCUACGACUGUCCGAAUUCGAAACUCAUGGAGCAAAAGAGGUUUGUCAAGUUCGGUCUUACACAAAAGGCCCUCGAGGACCAUGUUCCACGCAUCGAGCGGGAGGUGGUGGACUACGUCGCAAGCGCGCCCCAGUUCAGGGGUCAAGUUGGAACCUUUGACGUCAGCCAAACAUGUUCACAGAUUACGAUCUUUACGGCUGGACGAGCCUUACAAGGCGACGAGGUGCGGGAUAAACUGACCACCGAGUUCGCUAGCUUGUAUCACGAUCUGGACAUGGGAUUCUCCCCCAUCAACUUCAUGCUGCCAUGGGCGCCACUGCCGCACAACCGCAAGCGCGACGCGGCCAGGAACAGGAUGCGAGACAUCUACGUCGACAUUAUCAAUAAGCGUCGAAAGAGCGGCGGCGAAGAAGGCUUCGACAUGAUCUGGAACCUGAUGAACUGCACGUACAAGGAUGGCACGCCGGUGCCUGAUCACGAGAUUGCGCACAUGAUGAUCACGCUGCUCAUGGCAGGACAGCACACUUCUUCGUCCGCCAGCACCUGGAUCAUAUGCCACCUGGCGUCUUGUCCCGAUAUCACCGAGGAGCUAUACCAGGAACAGGUACAGAACUUGGCCGGUGGAGGGCGACUUGAGCCAUUGCAGUACCGAGACCUCGAGAAGCUACCUCUUCUGCGCAACGUCGUCAAGGAGACUCUUCGAGUGCAUUCGUCCAUCCACUCGGUACUGCGCAAGGUCAAGAAGCCAAUGCCAGUGCCGGGUACCGAUUUCAUCAUUGACACCAGCAAGACGCUGCUGUGCUCGCCGCUCGUCACAGCACUGAGCGACGAGUUCUUCCCCAAUACUCACGAAUGGAACCCUCAUCGCUGGGACAGUACCAAAGCGGGUGGAGAAGAAGAAGAUGACGACGUGAAUGAGGUUGCCAUCUCAAAAGGCACGCGAAGCCCUUACCUGCCCUUUGGAGCGGGGCGUCAUCGGUGCAUUGGGGAGAAGUUCGCGUACCUUAACCUCAGUGUCAUUGUCGCCACCUUGGUCCGGGAGUUCAAGUUCUUCACAAUGGACGGAUCGAGAACGGUGCCGGAGACGGAUUACACGUCCUUGUUCUCCAGGCCAGUGCAGCCGUCAGAGCUGCGAUGGGAAAGGCGAUGAUUGGGUGACAAUGACCAUAGACUUCUGAUCUGAUCGACAUGGCCACCAGGUCGUUUCGUUUGCUAGUACACCAUGAAUUGACUGCGGAUUAAAUAACGAUUGAAUUAGUCCGAGAGGGCUGGAGUGAUUGUUAUGUUCUGUGAUAAUAAAAUGCCUGCUGACAACAAUAGACGGCUGGUGAUGAAGUGAGCGUUUGGUCGGGGACAGCAAUAAUC